CUUAUUAAAGGUAUAAUAUGCUGAGGAUCCAGCCCUAACCUGACAGUAGUAGUAUUUCCGCGUUCAAACUCACAGUUGUAGUUGAACAUGGCGCGUUUCCUGACACCCAAGGGACUAUUUGCUUUAUUGCUUUCCAUGCUCGCACAUCUCUGCCAAGGGCAAACUCCUGUAUUACUGGAUUUCACCGACAACACAAAGGACAGAUUCGACGAGGGGCAGCCGUUAGCGGGAGCAACGUUAGAAUUAACUUGCAAAGUGAAUUUUCAACCAAGGUCUGAGCUGAUGCAGUCAUUCAAAUGGCUAUUCAAUGGCGAAGAGAUCCCAGUAUCUCCCUUUGAUCCUAGCAAACCACAGCAGAAGGACAGAAUCAACAUCGCUGGAGGGGAAGCGGACUCGACCCUCUACUACCCCGGGGUUACUCUAGAGAACAGUGGACUGUAUACAUGCACCCUAGACGGGACAUUCGUGGGGGAGUUCCAUAAAGAGAUUUAUGUAAUAGAAGUGGUCACAAAUAAUGUUACCCUGAAUCGGACGGGCCAGAACGCCACGUUGGAGUGCACGGUUUACAACUGGCCUGCAUAUGACUACGACAGCUCUCUCUUCAAACGGGACGGCGUCCAGCUGAACUCGAACGGGAAGGAUUAUUUUCAGCCACCAUAUGCCAAGCCCAUCUUCAAAAACGAUUACAUAUCAGGUUCCGUGAACGAGCUGGUCAUACUGAAUGCCGGACCUGAAGACGCUGGCGAGUACACUUGUGGCGUGUCUUUGAUAGGCCCCCGGUCACAUAUUAUUACCAAGAGUAUUUUUGUCACAAGUCCCACAAAAAAGGUAGCAAAUGGCGCUUCUUUCCUCGAGAGCUCGACGUUGUCGUUUCAUCUUUUGGUUUUAUUGAGUGUUCUGUGGUCACUAUAACUGGAUUGUUGCGGAAGCUUAACUGGCACCGAAACUGUUAUUUAUUGCCAAGCAAGGAGGCGGUCACACAAAUAAAUCAACACUAUAGCAGUCAGAGGAGCGAAUACGCUGCUGAUUCAACUUUGCCAUCAAUUUUUUAGGACUUUAUUUCCGAUAAGUUUUUCAUAUCGAAAACCUAUAUGGCAUUGUUUAACACACUUGUUGUACUUUACGUCAAAUAUAAGAAACAUUAUGUCAAAGUAAAAGUCCCUUGAAAAUGUCAAAAUUUGAAAUUACGAAAAGACUUAUUAAUUCAAGCACGUUGAUUUAAUCAUUAUAAAAUGAAAACUCCACUGUCCUAUGCCUGCAUUUAAAAGCUUCUGCUCAGGAAGGUAGCAUAUCAUAAAGCAGACUUUGGGUGAUAUUCUUGCUAUUGUCAUGUAUUAGAGCAGGUCUCUUGUAUAUAUACACACAUAUAUUACAUGUUUUUGUCUAUUUUAAACUAAGAGCAGGUCUCUUUGGUUGUUUAUGUAGUUUUUAUUCACAGUUACGUCUACGUCUUCUACACGAAUGCCUUAUUUAUUUAUAGUGAAAUAAAUCGUAUA